CUAAAACUUGAAGCUUAGCAUCUCUAUCAACCUUCCUCCUUAUUCUUUCUUCUUUCUUCUUAUUCUUAUAUAUCAACUAGAAUGAUUCAAUUUAAUAACUUUAUCUUUCCUUGAUUUUGGGCCUAAAAACUACGCCCCCAAAUACCACACUACCAGUUCUCUCCUGUCACUCCAAUCCUAACAAAUCCAAUCUUUCUCGUUUUUCAUUUUUCUUUUUCUAUUUUCCAAGAAAAUUCUCAGUAUUAUUAUUCUCUGUUAUCCAUUAACAUCAACUGUUAUUCCACUACCAUAAUCAAUUUCUUCUUCCUUUGUUCUUCUCCCUCUAGACGACGCCACCUGCUCGCUCCCUCCUUCCCUCGCGCAUUUCAUGGAUGAAAUGUACGGAAUCCACUCCACUAGAGAGUACGCAUCGAACAAGUUGUUGAUGUCGUCGCCGGAUAGUAUAAUCGUACCUUCAGAUUACCAUGCCUUGUUUUGCUCCUUGAGUCAAGUUCCGAUGUUUGGAUCCGAUGAGUUGCUCUUCGCUGCUUCGGCUAUAUCUGAAGCUAUCUCCAUCACGCUUGAAAUUCAACCGGAAGAAGACAUGUCCUUAGUAGAUCUGCAAAUCGCUUUAGAUCUACGCCAAACUCUGGCCAUCCAUGGCUCUCCUUCGACUGCUUCCUCUUUUGAAUUCACCCACACUGGACGUCUUGAGCUCACCAUCUCCAACAUCGACCUCUGGAAUCAAAAACCUCGAUCUUUCCAAGGUUGGGUUCUUCCUCUGCACCAACGAUGUGUGGCUGCACGUGCUCCAGCAACUCGAAGACAGCAAUAUCUUAACGAUGCUCACCAAAAAUAUGCACAGGAGCACGGGUCAAACAAGGAUUCGUGGCCAGAAUGGGAUCCACUUAUCUGGAAGAAGGUGGUUGGACCUCCUAAAAAGGGUCAGAUGAGAGGGAUCUACAUAACAGGAUUCAGCAGAGCAUGGCAUCCCUUGGCAAUGCAAUAUUCUAUGAAUGCUACACAACCCCAAACUGGUUAUCCUUCUUCUGCACCACCCCAGAUUGCUAAUCCUUCUUUUGGAGGAUUUAGACCUGAUCACUUACCACCUCCUACUUAGAGACAUUGAUAUUUUAAACCUAUGUUAUAUAUGUUUAUAUAUAUAUAUAUAUACUGCAUAUAUAUAUAUAUGGUAUGUAGGAUAAGAAGUUAGUAUAUAUUUAUUAACUUAAACUAGUUUUAAGUUAUGUAGUAUAUGAGUUUAAAUAGGUAAAAUAUAUAAUAUUAAUAAAAUUUAACAAUCCUA